GUUGUGAAGGUCAAAGAUGCUUUCGAUUUUAGCUUUUGUGGGUAGGACUUGUUUCUGACAAAAACUAGAGUUGUCAGAAAUCGUCCAGUCAUUAUCCUCAGAGUCUAUUAACAAUAUUAACUGCCAAUAUGUUCAGGCUACUUGCAUUCACGGUUUUUGGGUUACGGAUGUUUGGAUUAAUAAUAAUGGACGUCCACCUUAAGUAACUUCAUACCAGUUAUUUAUGGAUAUUGACAACGAUAUCAAUCAAGCUUUGCCGGCAGGAAAACUAGUUAGAGAACCGGAUCGUUCGACUCAUGUAUGUACUUCCAUUUUGCAAACCCCUUCUAAUUCAUCUAAAACAGUACCAUUUUUCCCACGUGUAUUGCUUAGCGUCCAGCAGCCUCUAUCCGGCCUGAUAAAUCAAACAAUAAUACAACCUACUACUCUUACCACUGCAUCUGGUGCAAACGCUCCUCUGCCACAUAUGUCGGCCACAUCCGUUUCAUCCCCUAUUAAUUCUACCAAUCAGUUUUUCCCUCUGAUACUGGCUGCUGCCUCUUCAUUGCCCCCAUCAACAUCGAGUGCCCCGACGCCAUUACAACUUCACUUGGGAAAUUAUUCAGGAACAUCUAGUGUUGCAUCAGCAUCAAGUCAGGGCAUCUUUCUGCACCCAAAUGUUACAACUACUGCAUCUUGUUUGUCAGUAUCGAAUGUUUUAAACAGUCCUUCACGUCCAAGUACAUCUGGUGUUACAACGGCUUCUACUCCACUAGUUGCUUCAUUAAUUAAUAAAAACUGUUCUUCUUCGCCAUCGAUAGCUUCUGUUGUCAUAUCUCCACAAACUCCAAACCACAUACAACCAACACUUGCUUUAAGAUUCGCGUCCCGCACUUCAACUCAAUGUAACGCUAUGGUUACAACUGCAACAGUGAAUUCAUCUGCUUGCCCACUGGUGUUUGAAACUCCUACAACAAGUGUUGCGCUAUCACUUCAAUCUCAAAGGUCACAUUGUGUAACUGCUAUAAACCUCCCUCCACCACCGACUUCUUGUGUAUCAGGUAGUUUACUCAUGAGUUCUACUCUCUGCUCUACACCGCGUGUACUUAUUCAUAAAUCACAGAAUCUCUCAAACCCAUCAUCUUUAAUGGAAAAUCCUACAACUCCGAUUACCACCUCUAUUUCUCCUAGUAAGAUGAGUACAUCUGAUCCCAGUUUCACUAGUUUAUCGAAUUCCACUAUCAUUUUACAUGACCAAAUAAAUACACAGUCUCCACAAACAUCAAAAACGAAAUUGGUUAAUUUUGCCGCACCGCUAUCAGCUACUACUGUUCGUUUGAUUACGCCACCAUCUACAGUUUGCGCUACUACCAAGUCUACAUGUACUAUAUCUACUUCUGGAAAUAGUAGUGUUUUAGCUUUCCCGACAUGUCUAUCUCAAACUGGAACACUUUCAACACGACCAUCUACAGCGAAUACAGGUAGUAGUGUAUGGUCAGGGUUGACAGUGAAUCCAAAUGUCUCCUUCAUGUCUCCUUCCAGUGGCAAUGUUGUUGCUAUUCAAUCUUCACAAUCAUUAAUUGUUCAAGCUCAAUCUGAUUUAUCCAUGCAGUCAAAUACUACAGUGACUUCUUCAUCUUUGAAUUCAAGUUUGAUGAUGUCUCUUCGAAGUUUUUCUGGUGGUAGUGGUAGUUCAUCAAAUACAGGUUCAUCAACUUUACCUUUGAGUGCAACUAGUCAUACAGUGCUAGCUUUCAAUUUGGCAAAUUCUAGUACAAUUCAUAGUACACCGACGACAACAUGUACAAGUGUUACAGGAAUGCUUACAACAAAUCCUGUUCGACAAAUAAGUUCUUGCAAUCCUACUUCUCCGCUAAUAGUUCGUGCUAGUGGACCUUCAGCUAUUGGAUAUAUACCAAACACUAGUACAGUUGUAGCUGGUCCUACGUCGCUUUUAAAACCAAUCAAUUUGAGCGGAAACACGGGAUUAUCUGCUACUUCAUCUAUCACAUCUGUGGUGCCACAUAUUUUACCGGUCAAUAUUGCUCCAGCUAAAUUAACUCCAUUACAACCAUCCAUAUCUGCUGUGACUUCUUCCACAUCACACACUCGUCCAAACUUCUCUCAAAAUAACUCUGUUUGCAUUAGUUCUCAUCGCCUUCCAACUUCAUCUAUUUUUUCUCAACCUAGUAGAAAGCGAGCACGUAAACAACAACUUGCUUCAUCUUUCUCAUCUGUAAUGGUUACUCCAGUGUCGGUUGUCUCGUCAACUACCUCAACGGCAGUUAGUAUGGGUAGUUUAGUAAAUUCUUCCAGUUUAAAUUCUGUAGUGUCAGGAUGUCGCAACGUACUGCCGUCAACGCCUACGCUGGUUGCUAUGGCUAAACCAACUAUUCAACCACAUCAGUUUGCACAGCCUGUGUACAGUUGUCAAGUGACAAAUUCAUCACAGAUCUCAGGAAGUUCUGCCAAACCAGGCGCUGUAUCACUGGAUCCUAUUUAUCGAAAUACAUCAGCUAGCGUUUCCGUCAGUUGUGCAACCAAUGUUAGUCCAUCAUCCAACAGUAGUGGACUUAUGGGCAUACGCCUAGUAUCAGUACGUUCUACUCCAACUACUUCUAUUCCCAGUAACAGUUCUAUUCUAAUAAACACUACCUGUUUUCAAUCAUCUACCGGAAGUUUUGUGACUCGUGGAAGUACAAGUGAUAAUUCAGUAAUUAUGGUCACAUCUCCAUCACAGAUAUUAUCUCCUGGUGGAGGACACCUUCGUAUGACAAAUUCACAUUGUUCACAGGCUUCAGAUAUUCAUCAAACACAAACAGCUGCAGUGUAUGUUUUGACUACUUCGGUUUAUCCAAUACUAAGCACUACAACAGUUACUUCGUCUAAUUCUUCUAGUUCAGUAGUAAGUAGUAGUAGUAGUGAGUCAACAUGUUCUGCACCCAGUAUCCUAAGUCCAGUUGUAGUAUCGGGAUCAACAAAUGGUGUGCUUCAAGUGCGAUUUCGAUCUCCACAAUCAAAUAUUAGUCCUACUACUGUCAUUACUGAAAAUCAAGAAACUAAAAAUCAACAAGCUCUUAGUCAUAAUAUUCUUCCAACUAGCCAAUAUUCAAUAUCUGAUAUACCUAAAUCAAUUUCUGACGAUUCAAAAUACAUUAAUCAUCAAUCCAGUAAUAAACCACCAUUCCGUUGUGCCUCUGAAUCAAAUCCUCUUUUACAUCAUCUAGUAUCAUCAUUGAAACAAUCUCAAAAUGAACUGACCACUGAUGUUAGCCAUAUCAUAAGCAAUACAGAUGUAAAAAAGUCCAGUUCAUUGUCAACACAUUCGGAAUUAUCACUUUCCAAUUCAUGGUUACACAAUACUACUAAUACUAAUACUACUAAUACUACUACUGAUAAUAAUAAUAGUAAUAAUGACUUAGAUGAUUAUUCAAAACAGCUUAAUUUGACAAACAUUUUAGAUUCCAAUGAAAAAUACAAUUAUUUCUCUUCUACAAACACUAAAGAUGAUAAUAGUAAUAAUACUACUACUAAUAAUGAUUUUAAUGAAUAUGAUACUGCGGAGAUUUUCAACGAAAAACAAACAGGUGUAGUACCACGGAAAAAAAUUAAAAAUGAUCAAGAAAUUAAUGAUUGUCAAAAAAUUGAUGAGAUUACAGUGGUAAAACAUGAUUUACGCAAUAACAAUAAUAAUAAUAAUCAUCAUCAUCAGCAGCAUCAGCAUAAAUUAACAACAAAAACUGGUAUCUUAUGGACUAUUGAUCCUGUGGAUGGUUGUGAAUGGAUACUUAAUGGUGGACCACCGAAACCUCUCAUCAAUCCAAAGUGUAGCUUGUCAAAUAGUAAAUUGAAUGGUCCUUAUCGUUCGAAAAAUUCACACUUUCUUAGUCUCUCUGAGAUAUACAUAAAAUCACAGAACAAAUCUACCAAUUCUAAUGAUUCAUCACGAUGUGACAGUGUACAGAAUACUCGUCGUAGACGUCGUUCUUUAGUUACUGGUACAAAUUUAUCACAUAAUGAAACGAAACAAGUUGAAGAUUUGAAUAAUUUAGAUAGUGUAACUACUACUGAAUGUGAAUCGAAUGCAGCGAAACGAUUAGUGCAAGAUAUUUUAGCAUUACGUGCUGAGCAAGAAGAUUCCGGUUUUGUUAGAUUUCCAUUGACUAUAUCAUCAGUUUUGGAUAUUACUGGUUGGCGAGUUUUGCAUUGUGCUGAUAAUUUAGAUUUAUUGGCAUACACAGAAUUGCAAACAUUAGAAACCAUAAGAAAUUUAGAAACUGAUUUAACAGACCAACUUCAUUGCAUUUCUACGCAGAAUGUUGUUACUUCAUCACAACCAAAUAUAUCUUCUCAAUGUAUCAUCACUGAAACACGGAAUUCUACAGAUUGCUGCGAAUUAAAAUCAGACGAUUCCGAGAUGACUAAUCAAUUUAAUGUAGCUAUUGAAUUGAUCAAAGGAAUUUCUCAACGUAAACAAUACUUACUGGAUUCUAUUCAACGAUUAAGUUUGAUUACUAAAAAUUUGAUACAUCAUUUCAGUCCUGGAAUUCAUCGUCUUGUUGAAGAGAUGGAAAAUAGCUCUAAACAAUUGAGUAGUAGUACUAGUAGUAGUAAAUCAUUGUCCCCUACAUCAUCAUCAUCUUCAUCAUCCUCCUCAGCAUCAGCAUCAUCAGCAUCAAAAAUCAAUUUGGAUUCUAAUAAUUCUAUUGUAUCGAAUUCCAUUACUUUACGACGAUCUACACGAAGAUAUCCAACGCAUAAUCCUCCAGUGGUACGACAAGUUCGACGUCGAAAUAAUGUUACACUUGGAAAGACCACAAAAUCAUUAACUUCUUCUUCUUCUUCUUUAAUUAAAAAUUCACCAAAUACUAAUAAUAGUACUAAUAAUACUACUAAUAAUAAUUGUCCAGGUACAAGUUCUCAAGGAAAUCAUCUUUGCAAUGGUGGUAGUGGGACCAGUAAUAAUAAUUAUUCAUUGAUUCGAUAG